AUGGUACAAUCUUAUCCAGCAGUCCGAACGGUCGCUAAUGAUUUAUCUAAUUUAACUGCGAUGGAUAAAAAACAAUGGGAAGUUAAUUUAACACGAGGCGUAACUUAUCGUCAUGGAUCAAAUUGGCAUGAGGAUAAUGUUAAAAAUAUGAAAGAAUUACUCAAAGAUUUUAAAUCAAAAGAUGUUCGAAUAAUCAUUGCAAAUUUUAAUCAAACGGUAGCAACUCACAUGUUUUGUAAUGCUGCUAAAGAACAAAUUUAUGGUCCACGUUAUCAAUGGAUUAUGCUUGGGUAUGCAUCUGAAUCGGCAUGGUGGAAUGAAAAAACUGAUUGUUCAAUGCAAGAACUCAUUCGAGCAAUUAACGGAACAUUACAAACACGUAUACCAAAUAUAUCAAUGGAUGAUUCUGAUGAUCGACCGAAUCAUGUUUGGGAUUAUAUUGAACAUUUUUCGACAUUAAAAACAAAUUACUUCGAUGCAUACGCAUAUGAUACAGUAUGGAGUUUAGUACAUAUGUAUCGAUCGGGAAUCCUAUUGAAUCAAACGAAUAUAAAAACUAUUGUAAAUAAUAUUGAUUUUAUUGGUGCUACAGGAAAAGUUAGGUAUUUAAAUGGUCGACGAAUUGGCGAAAUUCUUGUUGAGCAAUAUGUUGCUUGUCGAAUGAUGAAUGAUGAUUCAUGUCAAAUACCAUGUUAUGAAAACGAUAAUGAUUGUAAUUUAACGGUUGUGAAAGUUUUUCUUGCUAAAAAUUCAGCGGCAAAUGAUGAUCUACCUAGUCUAUAUAAACUUCACUCAAUAAUGUGGCAUGGCAGCGCACCACCAAGAGAUCGAACAAACCAAACAAUUGUAUUCGAACAUAUUUAUCCUUCUGUAUUUAUAUCAAUUACAAUAUGCAGUGGAAUUGGAUUAAUUAUAUCAAUAUCAUUAUUUGUUUUUAAUAUUCAUUUUCGUUUACAUCGAUACAUUCGAAUGUCAAGUCCAUUAUUAAAUAAUAUUAUUUUAGGCGGUUGCAUGUUAGCUUAUAUUAGUACGAUUUUAAUGGGAAUAAAUUCAUCGUUAUUUCCAAAUACAGCUUUUACAGAUAUGCUUAUGAAUAUUAUUUGUGCGGGUAUUCAUGAUUCACGUUUACUUGUUGUUGUCGGAGCACUUCUAUGCAUUGAUUCACUCAUUCUAAUUGCUUGGCAACUAUUUGAUCCAAUUCAUCGACAAAUUGUUUAUGAUGCACCACAUCGACCAAAACAUAAUCAAGAUAUUGAAAUUAUUCCCUAUCGUGAAGAAUGUAAAGGCCAUCAUACAACAUUUUGGUUUCUUGUUUUAAUUUUUUAUAAAGGUCUACUAAUGGCCUAUGGAUCAUUUCUUUCGUGGAGAACUCGCCAUGUAACAAUUCCAGCAUUAAACGACUCACGUUAUAUUGGCUUAAGUGUUUAUAUUGUAUUUAUUUGUUGUGUACUUGGUUCAUUAGUUGCAUUUAUACCAUCGGAACAGAUUCAAUUUUCUUAUUGUCUUAGAUCCUUUUUUAUUAUGACAUGUACAACAGUAACUGUCUGUCUAGUAUUUGUACCUAAAAUUGUUGAAGUCUAUCACGAUCCGUAUGCGAAAAAAAAGCAACCAAGAAUUAUGCGUCGAUUUCAUACGCGAGCUCCUAAGCACACAAUUCUAACGAAUCAACAUUUAAAUGAUGCACUGAUGGAUAAUCAACAGUUACAAUUAGUUUUAUCCUUACAAGAAGAAACAUUAGAUCGAUUGAUUAAACAAAUAAAUGAAUGUGCAUCGGAAAGCGAUGGUAUUGUAGAACCAGUUGAACUCGAACGUCUUAUGGUCUCAAGUGACAAAGCGGAAGAAAAUCUUUCAAUGGAUGAAGACGACGACAAUUACUAUCCUAUUAUUUCAAAUAGCAAAUUAUAUGAAGGACGUGUUGCUCGAGCAGUUAGCUUAUGUUUGUACAAUAAAAUUCAUACGGUACAAAAAUAUUGGCCAGAAGCAAUUGAUAAGACUCAUUAUUCCAUAUCACAACUUCAAGUUAAUGAACAUUCACAAUCGAGGCUCUUAUUUAAUACAACGUCUCAAAGUGAAGAAUUCGAUGAGCAAACACCAAAUCUUUUACAAAUACCAUCGGCAAAAGAUACCGAAAUUGAAUAUGACGGUUUAAAUGAUCUUGAUGAAAACCGUCUGAAUAAAAUGAUUGAAACUGAUCUUGUUUCAUCUUAUUGUUAG